CAGCGGAAAGGUCCAUGUACUUUGGUUGAUAAUCGGAAUGGGGUUACAUGAUCGGAUGCAUCCCGAAGUGACCAUCAGAAGAAGGCAAGGAAUCAUAGAAUUAUCAGCGCAGCUGAGCUGAACUAGCUUUACGUUACAAAGUGCAGGCGCAUAGUGUCCAGUUCAAUUACCAGACUGAGAUACAGAUUUAGUCAAGUGGAUCAGAUUGUCCCGCAUCAUCAUCGUGACAGAGUUGAAGUCCGGCGACCAGGGCAGUUACUGAGCUGAUCCGUCGUUGGAAUUGAAUUAGUUGUGAUCCUCCGCUGGUCCAUUCUAGUCGUUCAGCGAAGUAAAUUCCGAAAGCAAGAAUGAAAUUAAGUGACUCUAGAACGGAGGCUAAUCCCUUCGCGAGUUGCGUUUCGAUUCUGACACUCUGCCCGGAUGAAUCCCCAGAUCCGAGCCGGGACUCAAAGGGUUCCUCCAAGUCGUCGCGUAAGCGCUGUCGCUUCCAAACCGUGCUAGUGCAAUACGUGGAGCAGAAGGUGCUGGAAAUCGGGCGUCAUGUUCGUACGCGAGGAUCCCUCCGUGGGCUGUUCCGGAUGGUGCCCAGACUGCGGAAAUCGAAGCCCAAGGCCCGAGGCUACGAGCACCUGAUAACGGACGAGGAGAAAAGGUGGCUGGAUGACUAUUCCUCAAGGAAUACCGAACUGUCCGCCCGGCUUGGAAUACCUUACGUCCAUUGACCAGCUGCUGGUGAAGCAGAAGGUCGAGCUGCUGGAGGCCUUCACCGGAUUCGAAACGGCCAACAAGUACACCGUCAAGAAUACGCUGGGCCAGAAGGUGUACUGGGCGGCCGAAGACACCGACUGCUGCACCCGGAACUGUUGCGGCCCGGCUCGGCCUUUCGAUAUGAAAAUUUUAGACUUCUACCAGAACGAGGUCAUGCACCUGAAUCGACCACUUCGGUGCCAGUCCUGCUGUUUUCCCUGUUGUCUGCAGACGCUGGAGGUGUCAGCCCCACCGGGGAAUGUCAUCGGAACGGUCGAGCAGGACUGGUCCAUUUUCACGCCACAGUUCAGCCUUAAGGACACGGCCGGCAAUACGGUGCUGAAAAUCGAGGGCCCCUGCUGUACAUUUAGUAUUUGUGGCGACGUAGAAUUCAAGGUCGUCACUACUAAUGGGGACCAGGUGGGAAAAAUCUCCAAACAAUGGUCAGGGCUGGCACGCGAAGCCUUCACCGAUGCCGAUCACUUCGGUAUUAACUUCCCGAUGGAUUUGGACGUGAGAAUGAAGGCGACACUCUUGGGAGCUUUGUUCCUCAUAGAUUACAUGUUCUUCGAGAAGUCCGGAAACAACGAACGGGACCGCCCAGGAAUGUUCUAAGGAAACACACACACAAACAAAAAUGUCGGCCAUUAUGUACGUGCUGCACAAUGAAUCGUUCAAUGUUGCUUUACUGUUAAGAACGCUUUCAAGAAAGUUGAGAAAUCUUCAGGUUUAGGCAGUACACUGGAUUCUCUUUCUAAACGAUUGUUGUGUAAGUUUGCCCAGCUUGAACUGUUAAUCGAUCGUUUGCAAGCUUGUUGACCAAUUCGUUCUCGAAUUAAUUGACCAUCUAGAAAUGAUUUGGAAAAAGCGAUAAUCUCUAGAACCUAUUUUGACAUGUCUUGUUUCGAAAAAACCGUUCAAUAAUUCGUAAAAAUCGUUUCAAAAACAUUAUCCAGUGUACUAUACUUCGCUUUAGUUUUAAGAACGGUUACCCUCCAGAAUGGACCGACCAAGUGUCUUUAUGUAACAAAGUGUCAGAAGUCAGAAGUUUUACGACGUACUCUAGCAAAACACAAAUCUCCACUACACACGCACACCUCCACACAAGUGUUCGACAAUAAACCGGAAAUUCAUAGGUGGUUUAGCACAAACAGAAUAUAACAGAAACAAAUCAACUCAACACUGACAAACGUACUUUGCUAUGAUACGUAUUUUGCAUUUUUAUGGUUCAGAUGACUUAACACAGUGAAUUGCUUUAAAAUAAUACCUAUUGACAUUAUAAGAAAACAGUAAAUCUUCAUAUAUAUGUAUCCAAUUUCAGAAUUUUGAUGUUACCUCCUACUCUUGAUAUACAUAAAUAUAAAUAUAUACAUUUGGCUUAUA